GCGUGAGUUCACUCAUGUUUACAUUUGUUACGUCUUUCCCCUCAAUUCAAGACUUUUUGACGCCCGCGAAAACAACAACAUUUAAGAAAAAGAAAAGGCUUUUCACUUCGUGUGUCUGUGCGGGAACAAGGAGGACACCCUUUCAUUACGAGGCAGACACUGCUAGUGGACAAGAUGUGUCUCGUUGGUUCGUCUGCUGAGGAGUGUGACAGCAUUAAAGGGCUCUUGAGACCAAGAUUGUUGCAUUAAAGAGGUGACAAAGAAGACUGACAGGGACGGCAACAUUGUUGUCACAGAUGUGGGCUUAACAGUGCAGGAUGGGUCUACCUGUGGACAGCCCAGACAGAAACGAUGCGCAUAAAUACGAGCAGCACGGAGAUGGGGAGGGGGAGGGGGAGGGGGAGGGGGGUGAAAGCCAAAGUGAAGCCCGCAUCCACAUGCCCCCGCCCGUCAACCCGAAGAAGAGGAGAAAAGGCAAGAGAAGACUGUGGAUCAACCUCACCAACUGCAAAUAUGAAAGUGUGCGCCGUGCUGCUCGCAGAUACGGCCUGAGGGAGUCAGUGGAGGGUGAAGACUGGACGCUCUUCUGGACAGACUGCUCCGUGUCUUUAGACCGUGUGAAGGACAUGAAGCGGUACCAGAAGAUAAAUCAUUUCCCAGGGAUGAGUGAGAUCUGCCGCAAAGACUCGCUCGCAAGAAACAUGAACAGGAUGCUGAAGCUGUUCCCCAAAGACUAUAACAUCUUUCCCAGAACGUGGUGCCUUCCUGCAGACUACAGUGACUUCCAAGCUUUCACCAGGGCCAAAAAAAACAAAACCUACAUCUGCAAGCCAGAUACGGGUUGCCAAGGAAAAGGCAUCUUCAUAACCAAAUCAAGUAAAGACAUUCAACCUGGAGAACACAUGAUCUGCCAGGUUUACGUCUCAAAGCCUUUGAUUAUCAACGGGUACAAGUUUGACCUGCGUAUCUACGUGCUGGUGACGUCAUGCAACCCGUUCAGCAUAUUCAUGUUCAAAGAGGGACUGGCUCGCUUCUGCACCACCAAAUACAACGAGCCGACACACGGGAAUGUGGACGACGUGUGCAUGCAUCUCACAAACUACUCCAUCAACAAGAACAGUGAAAACUUUGUCCGUGACCAGGACACUGGAAGCAAAAGAAAGCUUUCCACCCUGAACAAACUCUUAGAGUCCAUCAGCUGCAACACGGACAAGAUGUGGAACGACAUCGAGGACGUGAUCAUAAAGACGCUGAUCUCCGCUCACCCCAUCCUGAAGCAUAAUUACCACACCUGCUUCCCCAACCACACCACCGGCAGCGCCUGCUUCGAGAUCCUCGGCUUCGACGUGCUGCUGGAUCACAAUCUCAGACCCUGGGUGCUGGAGGUGAAUCACUCCCCAAGUUUUACCACCGACUCCCAUCUGGACCGCGAGGUGAAGGACGCGCUGCUCUACGACACUCUGGUCCUCAUCAACUUGGGCGCCUGCGACCGCCGCAAGAUAACCAAGGAGGAGAGACGCAGGGUGAAGGACAGGCUGCAGCAAAACAGCUCCAGAGAGGCCAGGUCGGAGGAGCUCCGUCAGUGCCAGGCAGCCACUGUGGAGCAGAUGGAGAGGUACGAGGCCAAACACCUGGGAGGCUUCAGGAGGAUCUACCCCCAAGAGGGAGCAGAGAAAUACGACAAGUACUUCAAACACAGCAGCUCGCUCUUCCAGGAUACGGCGGCGUCCAAGGCCAGAGAGGAGUGUGCCAGGCAGCAGCUGCAGGAGCUGCGUCUGAAGCAGGAGCAGAACGAUAGAGACCAGAAGGGAGGCCGGAGGAAGGACCUGCAGGGGGAGACGGCGGGGGAGGGAUCCAAACCACAAAGACGAACACAGACACAGCCCCAAAAAUCAGACUCCGACCUGCAGCCGCCGCCUCUGUCCAGUGUGCCACUGGAUCCUGAAGCUGCAGAGGUCCAGGAGGUAAAGAAGCAGCAGGAGGUGGAAGAGGAGGAGGAGAGAGAGGCGGACGAAGAGGAGCGGGAGCGGCUGGAUGCUCUGCUCCGGAGGAAGAAACUGUUGCAGGACCUUGGUGUGGUGGAUCAGAUCCGCCAGCUGCUGCAGGUCCAGAGGAAAGGAGGGCGGGUCAACAAGGACGCCUGCAGCCACCUGCAGAGCAAACCGGCUCAUCCGAGACCGCAGAAGAGCAAGUUUGAUUCGUUCAAACAGUUUUCCCAACGGACGAAGCCACAGCCCUUCAGUCAGAUCUCAGGACAGCAACUUCACUCCCACAUGACUCAGCUCGGCGUUUGGUCCUCCACGGACCAGAGGAGCAUGAACGCCUCCGGCUUCCUGCAGAGCGAGGCCGAGAGCCACAACAGACCGGCAGAGAUGAGCAGGACCUUCAGCGCCCAGCGGGUACACUGGCCAGCGGCGGGCGGGCCUCUCUCUGUGAGGCAGGACGCCAUGAGCAGCUCCUACACCACCGACGCCAGGUCCCGUCCCGGCAUCCCGCUCAUAAACAACGUCCCGAGAGGAGGCCUCCGCUGCAGCUCCCUCGCGUCCCACGACCCCGCUGCCCUGCAGAGCCUGCUCGUCGUCUCCGCCCGUGCCCCCCUGGUCCGGAGGCCUGGCUUCUCUCACAUCGUAAGAAACUCCUCCCGCAGAGCCCCCCAGUACGGAAAAGGCCAGUGACCAUAAACCAGGAGCGAGGGGGCGGUGGGGGUGUCUGGAUUUAAUCCGCUCCUGGAUUAAGUGGAGCUCCGGGACGGGAGGAGAGCUAGAGGAGGAGAGGCCGUUAAAACUGUGAAAACACACAAACACACUGUGCCUGUGAUGGAAGUUUGAACAUGAAUUUUAUAUCUACUCCUGCAGUUCACGCUGCCUGCCACAAUAAAACCCUCCAGCAGAAACAACACAACCCACUGAGUGUGUGCUCACAUGUGAAAUAUUUACCUCUGAGGGUGAAUUAUGUCACAAAAAAAACAACAAUUUAGUGCCAAAUAAAAGCAGAAAAGCCUGAUUUUACACCACAGGAACUCUUCCUUCCUCUGUCCCUCAUUUCUGACUUUAACAUCAGCUGAAGCUCUGCUCAUUAAACAGAAUGCCAGUUAACAUUUCCAACCUCAUUGUACCAUAACCUGAGGGAUAUUGAAAUAUUUAAAGGCCUUCUGCUCCCUUUUUCCUCACACAUUUAUUUUUUUGAAUUCCUGUAUAGUUUUUUUUUGUUUUUUUGCACUGAUGUUAAUAAAGCAUCUUUUUUUUAAAUGUUCUUCAGUUUUAGUUUUCAGUCUCUACUUUUUAUUCAGGAUAUGUUUGUUUAUUAUUUUUGGAUAAUGCAGGAAUUAAAAAAAGUAUUUUUUAAGUCUCAAUAUUUUCUCACAUUUUUAUUUUGUUUUUGUUAGAAUUAGAGUUUUUACUGUUUGCUAAGUAAGGUCGCUCCUCUGGUUUCAUUCUGCAGCUCAUCACUGAGAUAAAGAAGUCGUAAAGUUUUACAACAUCCGCUGUCUUUUGUUCUGCUCACAGACUGAAGACAAAUCGAGACAAAACUUUCAAAUGAUCAACGAAAUGAUCUGAGCUGCUGCUUCAUCCUAUUGGACAAUAAAACCCUGCACGUUUA